AUGGUGCAGGCCUCCGCGACGACCGCGGGGCGUGAAGGGGAGCCGCUGCUCCUCCAGCCGACGCAUGCCACCCAAGGACGCUCGUGGCGCGAGCGCGCCACCUCCUGGACCGCCGUCUUCGGCGUCCUCGCGCUCGUCGCCUUCGCCGGCGUCGGCCUGCACGUCACCGGCGGGUGGGACACGGUCGCGUCCUUCAGACCCAGCGAGGGCGACGGGCAGCUGUGCACGUUCUCGCAGGUGACGAGCGGUUUGACCCUCGUCCAGGGCGCCGCGCUGGGAGCCGUCGACCCCACCGGCUACGGCGACAACGCGUUCUUCUUCUCGAAGCCCGGCAAGCCCCAUCCCUUCUCCGCGCUCGGGGCUGGAUUCCAGUGCGGGACCCCGUACAGCGAGUGGCUCAAGGGAUCGGCGCUGUUCACCCCAAACAACUGCGAGCUGCUCACCCCUCCGGCGAACCAGUCGCCGUUCGGCGCCCCCGGCCAGAAGAUCCUCAUGGUGGGCAACUCCUACAUGUUCCAGCAGGUCACCGCGCUCUUGGCGCAGUACGUCACCCAGCAGGACUUCUCAAAGUCCGUCAGCGGCAUGGCAUACUACAACGGUCUCAGCGGCGAGCAGAAGUGCAAGUGCGUCCUCGACGACGCGGCGCAGCACAGGGAAGAGUGCAUCGACCAGUUCAGCCGCAGCAAGUUCGAUCAGACCCCGCUGAACGGCCCGGAGGACUUCAGCGGCGGCGACGGCUUCCACGCCAACAUGGUCGGCCCGCCCGCCACCAUGGGCAUCUACGCGUUUAAAGACGGAACGCAGCUCUUCACGCUCACGAACCAUCCGUUGAUGAACAGCGACGUCUUCGGCCUCCCCGCCAUCGCCGCCGCGUUCGAGACCCCGCUCUGGGAGUUUGACGUCAUCUACAUGAACUACGGCAACCAGCGCGGCUUUGGGCGGAUGUUCUGCGGCAGCAUGGUGGAUCCCGCGGAUGUCAGAGCCGGCGUCGGCGAACUCAACCACGCGCACGUCCACGAAGCGCUGACCAACGGAGGCUUCAAGGGUAAGCUCAUCUUGACCACCAAGAGGCACGAGGAGGACAUCGGCGCGGAGUUCAACACCCUGUUCAACCUGGAGGCGCAGAGCAACGCGCAGUGGAGGACGAUGCUGGUGCCGUCGCACAUGCACCUCACCUACGAUUUCUGUCCCUACGUGGCGGGUGAUCCGGAGGAUUUUUGCAGCACCAACCCGGCGUGCACGCGAAAGACGUGCCCGACGAAUGCGCUGGACGGGUGCAUCAACGGCGGCGCGGGUCACUCGUGCGCGCCAGGGUUCGCGGACGUCGGCGUCAACCUCAUGCUCCACGCGCUCAACAUGGAUCCGGGCGUGUACUUUGAGAAGUCGUCGCAGCCCCAGCCGUGGUCGGCUGGGGGAGUGACGGCCAAGUGAUGAUUCGUUUCGCGGCGAUGACGACGACGGGGGACGCGAGACGGCGUGGUGGAGGACCCUGUCCAUAGAGGUUUUGUCAAUUGACGAUUGCAGCAUGCAUUUU